CACAGGGUAAUUAAGCGCUCUGACUGACAACAGAGUGGCGAAAGGCGCAGACGCGCUCUGAUUGGCUGGAAUGCAUUUUACAAUCCUCUCUCGUUUCCAAACCAGGCACAUGCGGAGCGAUUCACCUUCAUAAAGUUUGGCUGAAGCCAGAAGCGCAACACAGCGGAGGAGCGCGGCGGGGCUGCAGCCACAGGAUAUCGUCUGUAAGCCUCAUCCUUCGGCACAUCUCAGCCUUCUCUCUGCAUCGUUGCUACUUUGCAUUUUUUCAUGAAGUGAGUGCCGAGGCGCACAGCUGUGGUCUGCGUUUAUUGUAAAGAAAAAACAUGAGGUCUACUUCUGCGUCGUUCUGGGGGAUGAUCCGGCUGGCUGUGACAGUGGCGCUCCUGUCAGCCUGCAGUGCAUCAGAGUACGAGUACGUGGGCUGGAAGUCGGAUGCGUACAAUGCCGGGCGCAGCUACGGCAAGCCUCCACAGUGCAUAGAGAUCCCGGACGACCUGCGGCUCUGUCACAACGUGGGGUACACUCAGAUGUUGCUCCCGAACCUGCUGGACCACGAGACCAUGGGCGAGGUGAAGCAGCAGGCCAGCAGCUGGGUUCCUCUGGUGCACAAGAACUGCCACCCGGGCACGCAGGUCUUCCUCUGCUCGCUCUUUGCGCCCGUGUGCUUGGAGCGGCCGAUCUACCCGUGCCGCUGGCUGUGCGAGGCGGUGCGGGACAGCUGCACCCCCAUCAUGGAGGCGUUCGGCUUCCCAUGGCCGGAGAUGCUCACCUGUGACAAGUUUCCCCAAGAUGAUGUGUGCAUUGCCAUGACGCAGCCCAAUGCCACAGAAGCUACAAGUCCUACAGGAAACCCUGCCGUCUGCCCUCCAUGUGACAAUGAAAUGAAAACAGACGCCAUGCUGGAGCACAUGUGUGCCAGCGAGUUUGCUUUCAAAGCCAAGAUCAAGGAGGUGAAGCUAGAAAAGAUGGACCGCAAGGUGAUUCUGCAGAAAAGGAAGAAGAUGUUGAAGGCGGGGAAUCUGAAGAAAAAGGACACCAAGAAGCUUGUGUUGUACUUGAAGAAUGGUGCAGACUGCCCCUGUCAGCAGCUAGACAACCUGGGAAACCAGUAUCUAAUCAUGGGUCGCAAGGUGGAUAAGCAGUACCUGCUCACAGGCAUCCACAAGUGGGACAAGUCCAGCAAGGAGUUCAAAAAGGCCAUUAAAAAACUCAAUACCUACAAAUGUCCCGUGUUUGAGACCGUCUUCAAAUAAUUUGACCUACAGCCCAAUUCCUGGUUGCGUCUCAUCCUACAUGUGAACUUGCACAAGAAGCAUUCCCAAACUUUGCUUUCUAUUGUCCUGUUUAUAUAUCUAUAUAUCUUUGUGUAUUUACUGAUAUACCUUGGAAUGUCCAGUGUUCAGUUUUAGCUGAAUGUGGUGAGUGAUGCCAUUACAAACUAAGUAAAAGUUUAAGUUUUCCUUUUUCACUUUGAGCUUAAAGAAAAGGCCUAAUACACAUGUAGUGUAGAGUCUGUACAGGUCAGAAGAUUGGUUGGAUAUCAUGGAACAAUUAAGUCUGAAAACAAAAGGUUUAUACCUUUUUUGUGUUUGCAGAGUGUACAAGCAUAAAAAUUAGCAGGGAGGUUAAAAAAAAAAAAAAACAAGUUUCCCCCUGUCCAAAAAUAAAAUCAAAACAGAAAUUUUAAUUUGUACCUUUUU